AUGGGAUCUAUUGAGGAUUUUACUAGCUCAACCCCCGGGACCACCUCAUGUAUCUCGACUUUAUCUGACGUGGCUCUAAAAGAUCCAAUAUUCUCCGACGAGGUCAUACAAUACCAUUUAAGCCUUCUGAAACCCGGGAAUGGAGGCGAGGUGGUCUCAGACGAAUCCAUGUAUUCGCCGAUUGUCUCAAGCAGUGUUUUAGCUUAUCAUGCAAAGCUUGGGAAAAAACGAGAUAACCCUAAAAUCCCACAGUUUGGGUUACUAGCCGGGUCAAGCCCUCUUUUGCAAAACAUUCACCGAAAGAAAGCCUCUCUUGGGAGUCUGGAUGAAGACCCCCGAUUACUGUUCAAUGUUUCACACCCUUCCAGCAUCUUUAUAUGUGGCUCCCAGGGUUCCGGAAAGAGUCAUACAUUGUCCUGCCUUCUAGAAAGCUGUCUGAUAUCAUCAAAGGUUGGUAGAUUGCCCAAUCCACUAACAGGGCUGGUCUUCCACUAUGAUACAUUCAUCAGUGACACAGUGGGAUCUCCUUGCGAGGCAGCCUUCUUGUCAUCACACUCCGAUGUGCAGGUCAGAGUGCUUUGCUCCCCCACAAAUCUUCACACCAUGCGGCAACGACUGGAUACUCUAGAAAGCUUUAUGCCUCCUGAGCAAGUGGAUAUAAAGAAGCCAAAGAAACAAAAUGUGGCAAAGGGCUCGAUAUGGGAUCCAGUGUAUAUGAAUCUUUCUGCAGAGGCCCAGACUUUCACAGAAACGCUGUUAUCCGCAGUUCGUCUUCAACGACACCUUGGGACUCGAGUCAUGAUCUCUACCCAAGAGCCCACUGUCUCGACCGCUUUGUUAAACCUGUGCUCGGUUACAAUUGUUCAUCGGUUUACCUCCCCUGAAUGGCUCCGAACGUUGCAGAAACAUCUUGCAGCGGCUGCAUCUAACCCUUUCUCUUCAAAGAGUGGUUCCGGCAAUACUAGUAGCGAGAUGGAAGAACAAGGAGCAGAGACCGAUUCUACCUCAGCGUUUGACGAUAUUGUCCGUCUUCGCGUUGGCGAAGCACUGUUAUUCGCGCCGAGCGCUAUUGUCAAGGUUGGAGCACGGGACGAUGGCCGAGUAGAGUUCUACAGACUUGGUUCAGACUUUUUGCCUAUUAAAGUCCGCGAACGAUUGACCUCUGAUGGUGGAAAAAGCGUUCUUUCUGUUUAA